AUGCCGCAUUGCAAGGCUGAUGAAUCGUACAUGCUGUGCACCGUCAAAGCCCCCAUUGCCGCCUACCUCACUUUCGACAACGUUGUCCGCAUCGCCAAGGAACAAAAGGGGUGGUUGAGAUUGCCCUUUCCCCGCGCCUUCGAUGUCUGCCAACAGCCCUGCCAGGACGCUAUUGCGAUUGGCCUCUCCCUCCUAUCAACCACCGCAACGCCGGCACCGUCGAGUUCCUCGUCGACACAUCCGAUGGCCGUGUGGUGCAGUCAUAACUUCAUGAAGGUGAACCCGCGCAUCCAAGUCGAGCACACCGUCACGGAGAUGGUGACUGGCGUUGACCUUGUGCAAUCGCAGCUGAUGCUUGCUGGCGGCGCGACUCUGCAAGAUAUUGAGCUCGAACAGGACACAAUCGCCACCUGCGGAUUCAGCAUCAACGCGCGCAUCACCACGGAUGACCCACUCAACGACUUUUCCCCCGAUACAGGUGCACAUGGGCUUGCGUGCCAGUGCGAACCAUUCACCCGGCAGCCGGCAGUGGGCCGCGAACUGGAGCCAUACACAACAGCAGCACCACCACCGGCACAUGGCGACGAGGGAGAGGUUGAUGAGGCGUCGCUUGGGCCGUUUGACGUGCUCGUGCACCACACGGGCAUGCUUGAGCUGGUGCGCGUGCUCCUUGGCAAGCAGCAGGGCGUCAUCAGCAUCACGCCACUGGACGAACAUCAGGGGCGGGUUGCCCGCGUGCAGCUGACGGCCCGCCGCGACCCGGACUGCCCCGCUUGGAUGGCGGACGAGCUGUGGUCCGUGUGGGUUGAGCCCGUGUCCGAGGGUAUUGAAGAGGUGCUGCCCUCGCUCGCCAAGGCAAACGGCGGCUUUCACUCUCACAUGUACAAGCCGGACAGUCACCGCGUCAGAGACAUAUUCAGGUUUGUGUCACGGGAGAGUGCCGAGCUGAUGGUCCGCCUGUACGACCAGCGAGAGGUGCUGGGCACGAAGCUCAACGUGUUCCCAGACCCAAAGGCAAAGAACUGGAAGAGCAAGGGCAAAGGCACCACGUGCUCCUCCCCUGCAUCACCAACAUCCACCACGCCGGCGCCUGUUGCGGGCCAGGCACAGCGCACCACCGUGCAGGCGACGCUGGAGCGCGCAGGCGUCAACGUCCAGUCGCUGCAGGUCUUCCCGGACCUGUGCUGUGCAAGCGUUGACGUGGUUGCCGACAGCGAGGAGACGUUCAGGAGCCUGCUGCCACUACCCAUUGACACGGCAGCGAGCGCCUGUCGUCUGGAGGCGCGCCAGGCACCGCUGCACCGCAUUGUUGUCACCUGCACCCCGCGCAGCAAGCCCACCACAGGCCGCGACAUUGUGCAGGCGUUUGAGACGAACUUUGGCGGCAAGGCGAAGCUUGUGCCCAUCCCACAGUCCCUCAAGGACACGCUGUCCCACAUCCAUCCGUUUGCCAACACGCGCAUGGCUGAACAAGAACAAGAACAAGGAGCACAGCAGCAGCAGCAGGGUGGAGGUGGUAGUGAGGAACACGAUGCUGAUGCGAUGCCAAAUGCUGUGCACGACCCUCAUCAGUACAAGAAAGACGGCGAUGCUGGCAGCGACGACAGCAAGAGCAGCAAAAGCGGCGGCGCGUCCUCUGAGACCACGCUGCAGCGCGUGUUUGUGCUGGAGACGACAGACACGCGUGCGGCGCAUGCGUGCGUGCGCAAGAUACAGUUUGCCAUCUCUGUCUCGCACAAGUUUGUGGCGCGGCUGUGCUACCCAAACGACGUGCACGUGGCAGUGCUCGACCCCAAGUUGGGCGGCCUCCUGUCGGACCUCGUCGACGCAUUCAACAAGGGCAGCGUGGCCAAGGACCUUGAUGUGCUGGCGGCUGUAACCAUGGGCAACCACAUCUGCUUCACAGGCAGCACUGCCGUGCUGGUGUGGUCGCAGGCCAAGCUGCUUGCAAGCUUCCUCGCGCCCGCCUUCCGCCCGUUUGCCCGCAGCGACCGCGUGCUGGGCGACGACAAGAUCAUGGAGCACGUGCUGAACGACUACGGCUUCAAGCUGGUCCGCUACCCGACGCUUGGCCUGCUGCCCUACGCAGACACGGCACACGGGGCCAUGCGGGAUGUGGAGUUUCAUCCCGCCCAUCGCAUCACCCGUGGCACCCCAGCAGGCGCUUAUACACACGUGCGACCUGGACGGCGGGGCGCCAUACUGCUGGAGUACUCGCUGUACUACUACCUGGACCAGGACAGGGAGCGCGGGCUCAGCUACAUCAACAGCACCGUCGGCGCCAACAUCAAGUCGCAGACGACGAUCAGCGUCACGGGCAUGCAAUACCGCUUCCUGGACUCGCAGCUGCUUGAGCUGGCCCGAAAGUUCCGCGUGUAUGUGCGCAAGCCCAGCGCGGAGGACAGGGACGCGUGCGCCUCAAGCGUGCCCAUGACCGUGGAGGGCAUGCAGCGGCAGCUGACGGCGUUUGACAACGCGGUGCAGGACACGCUCAAGGACUACAUGUGCCACAUGCUCGGCCUGCCGGUCAUUGACACGUCGCACGUGCCGGAGAUGUCCGAGGCGGACCUCACCUUCCUGAAGCGCAAGCUGUUCAAUUACCUGACCAAGGCCGGCCGCACGGUGUGCCGCAGCAAGGACGACGUGGUGAGCUACAUUGCGCCACAGGACGUGAUUGGCACGCCCACUGAGCGCAACACGGUCAUCCCGACGACGGAGUCGACGUUCCACACCAUCGCCCACAUCCAGCCCACGUGGUACGUGUGCCAGGUGCCCAUGUCCGUGGCCAAGGAGCUGGUUGCUGGACAGCAACCUGAAGCGGCUGCGCAAGAAGGCGUUGGUGCUGAUGCCGGUUAUACCGCAAGCACGGGCGCUCCUUCGGCAACUGCAAAUGCUUCUGCUGCCACUGCUUCUUCUGCUCCUUCUGCUGCUGGCGACGAUGGCGCAAGCCGCGCACGCAGGAGUAACAUCACAACAGCGAGCAAAGGGUGUCCUGUCAACUUCAGUGCCCACGCCGUGCUUAAAGGCCCGCGCAUGGAAGUGGUGGCGGCGUCGGAAGUGAUGUUGCUGACCACGUACGAGAGGCUGUUCCCGGCCAAGGUGAAGCAGGCCGUGUGGGAGGUGGAGCCAUACCAGUACCACACCAUCAGCGAGACGCUGCUCGCGGUGCAGCUGCAUGCGGAGAUUCGCGAGGGAAGCAUCACCAACGACCGCGACAUGAACGCCGAGAGGAGCGGCCCCCUUGCGGUACAACGAGGCGCGCGUGACCACGUCCGCACGUGCUGCACGUGGUUGCGCCAAACUUUGCACCCGAGUUUGGCAUGGCAGCACGGUGGCGCAGACGGCUGCGGACCUGAAGACGGCGUACCGCGCGCUGCUGACGACGGCGCGGGACAACAACAUCCGCUCCCUCGCCACGUGCGCGCUCGGGUGCGGCGCUUUCCGCUGUUUGAGGUGAUUGACGAGGUGGACCGCGACGGCACGUUCUUUCUUCGACACCAUCCGCGUGGCCAUCAUCACCAAGGACCUGACCCCAUCCACACGUGGCUGUAUACGGGGCCCACGUACACGGUGCCGCCCUCCAAUGCGGAGCUGGACAACAAGGCCGCAUGGAACGGGUUAACGCACGACGCGACGCUGCUGGUUGAGAACGCCUUCAACAAGUACCGCGCUGGAAGUCGGUGCGCUCUUCUUCAAGAUCCAGUGGUUGACGGCUACUUCACGGUGGACCUCCAGGAACACUGGAACGACCUGCGCCUGAGAUUGAGCGUGCGGCGGGUGGUGGACGAGCAGCGGUCGAAGCUGGAGCCACAGGCCAUCUUUGAGCUUCCUGACCGCUGGGACAUGCGCAAGGGCCAGUUGCUUGUUGACGUGUCCAGCGAGGACGAGCUGGGUCGUGUGUGUGCGCGCCCCCAGUUGGAGCCGCUUCUCCCCCGAAACAUGCGCGUGCAGCGCGUGCAGAAGGUGCCGCUGUUCAAGCGGUACUUGGAGAGCGUGCACCGCGUGCACUGGCGGCCCGCGCCACCAAGCCUGCCCAACGACAUUACGCCGCUCUCUGGCGACGAUGACGACAACAUCGUGUUUGCGCACCGCCUGCUGCACGUCAUCUGCAAGAGCGAGCUUGGCCUGACGAUCAAUUACGCCAGCGCUGAGGGCUACUUUGGCUCCGGCCUGUAUUUCAGUCACGACCCGUCGUUUGCUGUCAAGUAUGGCCACCACGAGGGCAGCGCAAAAGACAAGAACGACACCACCAGCGAGCGGCGCGUCGAUACGGACAUGUUUGUCAUCUACGACAACGGCAUGUGCUACCCGGAGUACAUCAUCUGCUUGACGAUGAUGUCACACGCUGCACAUUAA